AUGUCGAACGAAGAUGGUGAUUCUGUUACAGAAGAUAUUUCAAUUCUUGAAGUUGAACAUUGCGAAGACGAAGAGCCAGAACCAACAAAUGAGAACGUCAACGUGGGCCACCCGUGGCCAUAUCUUUCCGAUAUGUUUGCUAUAAAGUCAAUAAGCAAAACGAAUGCGAAGGUAACCUGUUUACUCUGUGCUCCCAAGUACAAGGAAUGCAGUUCAAGUUUGUCUUUUUGGCAAAUUUGCGCACGCACAGGUAGGUAUCUUCCAAAUUUAACAAACAUAAAUUCAUAAUUACUAAUUAGUUACAAAUAACUAUGAAUAGUUUUAUUUUAUUUAAAUAUUUAUAACAUAACAUAUAACGUUGUAUAAUUUUCCCAUUACUAUUAUUGAGCUAAUAGUAUUUAUCGAACUCUGGGGACGGAAUGUGACUGCUAUCAGUUAUAUGUCCUCUCAAAGAUAAAAAUCCCAUCAGAAUGAGUAAUACUGUGAACAGGUCAGUUACGUUUUGUUUAUUGUGUUGGGGCACACAACUCCCUAUAUCUGACCCCUUGAUUAUGAAAGAUAUUCCAUUCUGUUGUAUAAUAUUAUUGCAUAAUUCAACGCUUUAGAGAGUUCAUCAACAUAAAUUAUCUGCCUUCAACAAGCUAUGUGAUGAGGCUAAAACUAAAAGAAAAAUGCCUUCAAGGAAAAGGAGUAAUAGUGAUGCCAGAGACAGUGGAGGACCAUCUGCUCCUAAACAACAAAAGUUGGAUGCUGUGCUUUCCUCUCAAGUUAAAUACAAUGCCAAUUUGGUUACUCAAGCCCAAGUGGAUGAUUUGCUGAUCAAGUUCAUGACAGAAGCUCUUAUGCCGUUCUCAUUGGUUGAACAACCUGCAUUUAAAGAAUUUGUGUUAGGACUUCAACCAAAUCGAUCAGUAAUGUGCAGAGCUACAGUGGUACGGCGAAUCAGUGACAAAGCCAGUCUAGUGAAGAAAAAUUUAAAAGAAGCCAUGGAUAAAGUUGAACAUGUUGCAACAACUACGGAUUGCUGGAGUGCUCAUGGCCGUUCAUUCAUUGGUGUAACUGGACAUUGGAUUGAUCCCGAGACUUUGGAGAGAAAAAGUUGUGUUCUUGCUUGUCGGCGUCUCAAAGGUAAACACACAUAUGAUGUACUUGCUAGCCAGUUGGAAGACAUUCAUACCGAAUUUGAAAUAAGAUCCAAAGUUUCUAAAACCACAACAGACAAUGGAUCAAACUUCGUAAAAGCCUUCUCUGUUUUUGCUGAACAAGAACAAGAAAAUCAUGAUGAUCCAGAUAAAGAUUGUCAGUUUGAAGAUGUUUUUGAUGAUUUAACACAGGCAAGUGCAGGUCUGGAGUACCAGCUUCCACCACAUCAACGUUGUGCAGCACAUACUCUUAAUCUUAUUUCAACAUCUGAUGCAGAGAAAGCUGAGGCUGAUGGAAACUACAAACGACUUAGCAGGAGUACUUUGCAAAGUGUUCCAGCCUCUGGAAUAAGAGCUUCCGCUCUGUUCAAGUUGCAGAAAUGGUUAAAGAGAAGUGUGGCUUAA